GGGAAUCCAGAACUCAAUUAUUGCUUAUGCGAUGGUGUGGUCAGUAGUGCCGGUCGUGAGGGCCGCACUCUUUGUGUGGGCACUUACGAGUACCAUCAGGUUUGGCCCGACUCGACAGGUCUUCGCCUAAACAACACGUGUCCCAUAGCUCCGGGUUUCUCUGGCGGUCCGUUGAUUAACAUGAGUGGACAGUUGGUUGGCAUCACUUACGGCGGAUCGGGUUUUGGGAUGUUUCGGGACAACUUUGCCAUCAGAGCCGCUGAUAUAAAAGUUUUGGCCGCAAUUUCGUCCAACUAUUUGUAUGGAAAGUACAGAAAACAUCAAAACAAUCAAAUUGUGGCAAAUGUUCAACAGAUGAGACCAAACCUGUCGAUGAGAUGCGCUCACAUGAGUGAUGGCAGUGCCCUAACCAUCGAUCAGAUCUCUAGACAAUAUGCUAAUUGUUUUGCAAAAGUACUCAAUAUAGAAGGAAAUCAUCCCAACGGCAAGUAUACAAUUUCGUUGGGUUCGGGUGUGGCUCUGGACAGCACCGGUUAUAUACUGACCAAUUGUCACGUGGUGGGAGAGUCAUCGCUUUUCUACAUCGAGCGAUUCAUUGCGGACAACUGGGGUGUAGUCGAUAGCCGCGGACUAUCGGCUGAGAGUAUUGGACGCGUCAUAUAUUGCUGUCCGCAGUUAGAUAUCGCGGUCGUCUACUCGAAGUGUUCCGAAUUACCCCACAUUCAACCCCGAGAGCUAGCGCUUAGUGCACACGAUGGCGAACCCGUGAUGUCUAUCGGAAAUCCUUUAGUUGAUUAUAGUGUAUGCGAUGGUGUGGUCAGUACUGCCGGUCGUGGAGGCCUCGAUUGGCCCGACCCGUCAGGUUUUCGUGUAAACCACACGAAUCCCUUAUUCAUGGGUUUCUCUGGCGGUCCGUUGAUUAACAUGAGUGGACAGUUGGUUGGCAUCAAUUACGGCGGUUCGAGUGGUGGGAAGUUUCGGGACAACUUUGCCAUCAAUACCGCAGAUAUAAACGAUGUUUUAAAAGACAUGAAACUGUUUUCAGAGAAGAAACACACAUAUAAUGCAGAGAAAUCAUUGGGAUUAGCGCUUAGAGAAAUGAGACCAAACUUGUCGAUGAGAUGCGCUCACAUGAGUGAUGGCAGUGCCCUAACCAUCGAUCAGGUCUCCAGACAAUACGCUAAUUGGUUUGCAAAAGUGAUCAAUUUGGACGGCAAUCAUACCGACGGCAAUUAUGCGGUUUCGUUGGGUUCGGGUGUGGCUCUGGACCGCACCGGUUAUAUACUGACCAAUUGUCAUGUGGUGGGAGAGUCAUCGCUUUUCUACGUCGAGCGAUUCAUUGCGGACCGCAAUGGUAUAGUCGACGGCCGCGGACUACAGGCCGACUCAAUCGGACGCGUCGUAUAUUGCUGUCCGCAGUUAGAUAUCGCGGUCGUCCACUCGGAGUGUCACGAAAUACACCAAAUUCAACCAUUAGAGAUGGCGCUCAGCGCAUACGAUGGCGAACCCGUCAUGUCUAUCGGAAAUCCUAUAGUUGAUUAUUGUGUAUGCGAUGGUGUGGUCAGUACUGCCGGUCGUGGAGGCCUCGAUUGGCCCGACCCGUCAGGUUUUCGUGUAAACCACUCGUGUCCCUUGUUUAUGGGUUUCUCUGGCGGUCCGUUGAUUAACAUGAGUGGACAGUUGGUUGGCAUCAAUUACGGCGCAUCGAGUGAAGAGUUUCCGGACAGUUUCGCCAUCAAUACCGCAGAUUUAAAAGUUGUUUUAAACGAUAUGAAACUGUUUUUCGAGAAGAAGUGCACAUAUAGUGCAGAGAAAUCAUUGGGAUUAGCGCUCAGACCAAUGACUAUAGAGUUGUGGAAAACGCUUUUCGGAUCAGAUUCUGAAUGCACUAUAAAUGAAGGGCUUUUAGUUUUGAGAAAAUUAACCACA